AUGGUCGGGGGCCCUCAAUUGUUGAAGACGAUCAACGGCAGGUCGGCCGGCCCUGUCAACACUUUGAACGAAAGUCAUACUGCAAAGCGGCUGAGAUCUGGUGGGCCUGGUCCCACCCAAACCGCCAUCGCAAGCCCCUACUUUCCUGCGCCAAAGCAAGCCGCCCUCGACCUCACCGGUUCAAGUCCGCUCGAUGAUCCCUUUGACCUGAGAAGCACCUCGAGCUCUGUGAAGACGAUUUCUGGCCCUUCGCAGAACGUCGAGGAGUUUCGCAACGCACAGCUCAAGCCGACAUGCGGUUCCACUCGCAAGCGGAAAAGUCCGGCCCAUGUGGUCUCCGACAUCCAAUCUACUUCUCCUGCGAAACGGCGAUCGCAACGCUCAGACCUGACGACGCCUCCAAUCAAGACCCAUAAGCCGCAGGCUCCAGCGGAAACCAUCUGCGACUCUGAGGAUGAGCUCAGCUUCGAGCCUAACAAUAAUCGGAAGAGACCUAACAAUUUUUCCGGCAUUCGACAACCGCAGCGGCGGGCCAAUCUCAGGGGCGACAUCCAGCCCGCCUUCUCUGGCAUCCCUCGUCAGCAUCAGGCAAGACUUCCACCACACCAGCAAGCAAUGGUCAUCAAGAGCGCAGCUUGUGGCAAGGAAUCUUAUGAAAGCGACGACCAGCAGCGCAAGCAGAUAAUCCUCCACCCCUCCGGCCACUUUGAAUUGGUUCCCAUGACAGCCAAUGGCGAACGGUCAGCGUUGGAGUGGCUGCACAUCAAUGUCCAAACUUGUCACAUCCUGCAACACGCCGGAGGAAAGAGUGCCUACGUCGUUAUACAUCGUUCGAUGGUAGGAUCGAUCAAACCAAAGCUCUAUUUGGAAUUCACGACCAGCCAAGGCGCCUCGUAUCUGGCAUCAGUCUUGUCCAGCAUAACUUACGAAACUAAAACUCCAUAUGAACUCGAGGUCAUGGUGCGAAGAGCCAUGUCAAAUGCAAGUCUGUAUGCAAAGCCACCGAGCAGGCUCCCCGUGUAUACCAAAUCACCACAAGAAGCCGAAAGCAACGAGAUACCCUGGUCGAUGGCUCGUUCUAGUCGAGCGGCGAAUGAGGACAAUGGCUCAAGACGCGAGAAGAUAACUGACAAAAUGUGCGGACCAUCCGACAACCAGCCUGUCGUCGCCACUGAGGAGGAAGACGUCCCUUCAACGAGCAAUCACAUUCAAACGCGGCGGACGAGAAGGUCGUCUCCCGCUCCUGUCGCCCGCCAGCAGAGCCCGGACCGCUGGACCAGCAAGAAUCCUGACUGGAGGAAGAAUUGGCACAGAUCGCUUGUAUUUCCUGCCACGGGGAAGAACAGGGCGACCGUGGAUGACGAUGAUAUUCUCCGACUCGACGAGGGGGAGUUUUUGAACGACAAUCUCAUCAGCUUCUACCUCCGUUACUUGCAGGACAGGCUCGAAAAGGAGCAACCGGAAUUGCUCAAGAAAGUCUACAUCUUCAGCACAUUCUUCUUUGAGAAGCUCAGGUCGACCAGGGGAAAGAUCAACUACGAAGGCGUCAAGGCAUGGACGACCAAGUUCGACCUGUUCUCCCACGACUAUGUCAUCGUGCCUGUCAACGAGCACGCGCACUGGUAUUUGGCCAUUAUUUGCAACGUCCCAAACGCCCUCGGCGGUGUCCCGGCCCAAGCCGACGUGGAGGUGAUAGACGUAUCGCAAGACUCCCCGGGACUUGACGUGCCUGGUCCUUCCCCGAAGAAUUCAGCAAGACCGACCCAGCCGACCUCGACUAACCCCGGCUGCAGAACACCGAGUAGUGGCGGCUCACAGAAGUUGGAUCCCCGGCAACCCAAGAUCGUCACACUCGACUCCCUCGGCUCCCAACACCCUCCUACUUGCAAAGCCCUGAAGGACUAUCUUGCUGAAGAGGCCAAGGAUAAGAAGGGGGUUGACCUGGCCGUGAUUCCUAAUGGGAUGAAGGCCAGAGAAAUCCCACAGCAAGACAAUUUCUGCGAUUGCGGAGUCUUCGUUUUAGGGUACGUGGAGGAGUUCUUGAAAGACCCCGACGGUGUUGCCCGCAAACUACUCCAGAAAGAGAGUCUCGGAUGGGACAUGCAGGCCCCGUCGCUGCUUCGAGACAGUAUCCGCGCACUGCUUUUCGACCUUCAACAAGCGCAGCAAUUGCGACUCGACAAGGAGAAGGAAGAAAAGCGCAGGUCGGCGGCAAAGAAGAAGGCUGCGAAGCAGGAGAAGCCUCGAAGCCCCCAGUCGCCUGUCACUGCUCCCCAAGCCUCGCCGAAAGUCAGUAGUCCUGCACGUGACGCGAAAGCUCCUACCGCAGGCAAAGGUGCUUGCGCCGAGGAGAUUAAGAGCGAUUCGGGUGCGGAGGCUUUCUUUUCGGCACAGUCGUCGCCCGACGAGAAGCCAUCCAAGGAAGGGGCCACUCUGGAGAAAAACAAGCCGCCCGAUGACAGGAUGUCUGAACCGAAAUUCGUCACCACGCUCCCAACCACGCCGGACCCGACAUGUUCGGGCGCUGGGUCUUGUCUGGGAGGUGUAGCGGAAGAGGAGCCGAGGCGACCCAGCUACUACUACGACGGUAUUGAUCCGUUCGGGGGCUGA